AUGCGCACAGCGCCGGCGGAAGCGGCGGAACCGGCAGCGCUGGCGGCGGCGGAGCAGCAGCAGCAGCACCGGAGGAGCGGCGGCAGCGCCCGGGUGGGGCUGUGCCUGCUGUGCGGGCUGCCCGCGGCCGGCAAGUCCACCCUGGGCCGCGCCCUGAGCCGCCGGCUGCCGCAGCGGCCGGGCUGGGCCUGCGCGCUGCUCGCCUACGACGAGCUCAUCCCGCCCGAGGCCUUCCGCACCAGCCCGUCCCCAUUGCUGCCCGGCUGGAAGCAGAGCCGCCGCGAGCUGCUGCAGUGCCUGGAGGGGCUCCUGCGGGCGCUGCUCACCGGGGCGCCGCUGCCCGGCGCCGCGCAGCCGGGCUGGCCGCGCUUCCUGGGCUGCUGCCGCCGGGAGGGGCUGCUGCCCGCCGCCCUCGGGGACGCCGGAGCCGCCUCCCGGCCGCUCGUCCUCCUGCUGGAUGACAACUUCUAUUACCAGAGUAUGCGCUACGAGGUGUACCAGCUGGCCCGCAAAUAUUCCUUGGGCUUCUGCCAGUUAUUUUUAGAGUGUCCGGUGGAAUGCUGCCUGCAGAGGAACGGCCUCAGAAGUGAUCCUGUGCCUGAGCACACCAUACAAUUAAUGGCAAGGAAAAUAGAAAUGCCAGAUCCCAGGAAAAACACCUGGGAGCAGCACAGCCUCAUUCUGAGCAGUUCUGAUGGCAUCUCAGAGGAUGAUGAGCAGAUCAUGAACUUGCUGGCCACUGCUUUGGAAAAUCCAGAGAUGCCAAAUGAGGAGGACACAGAGCAGAAGGAGGCAGCUCGAGCCAUCUGUGCAGCCAGUGCUGUCCAUCAGGCUGACCAGGCAUGCAGGAGAGCCAUCUCUGAGGCCAUGCAGGAUGCCAAAGGUAAAAACAUUCUCCCGAGUGAGAUGAAGAGCCUGGCAGAAGAACUCAACAAACUGAAAGCAGAAUUUUUGGAAGACUUGAGGCAAGGAAAGACUUUGAAAACCCAAUAUUCUGACCCUGCUACAAGUGUUAUUUCUUCAUUCCAACAUGAGGCAACCAAGGUAGUAAAUAAAUAUAUUUUAAAAUAAUGACAUAGAGAA